CCCUCUGGCUAGACGACUCCUCCCCAGCCUUAGCUUCCCGUUCGGGAUACUGAGCUCUCAGUGACAUCUCUCUAGCAUUCAGCAGGAGCUUAGUAAACGGUCAGGUCAUUAUUGGGCUUUCUAAAUAAGGCUCUAUGAAUGGCCGAAUCUGGCCGAGGUCCCGGUGUCCCCGGGCGGCCCGCCGAAGGACGGACACGGGACGUACUAUAAAGGGGACGGCAGCGCACACCGGGGCACUUUGAGCCCAGGACAGCGAAGGAGCAGGAUGGAGAUCCCAGUGCCUGUGCAGCCGUCGUGGCUGCGCCGCCCCUCGGCGCCGAUGCCCGGGAUGCCCGGUCGCCUCUUCGACCAGCGCUUCGGAGAGGGGCUGCUGGAGGCUGAGCUGGCCACGCUCUGCCCCGCUGCGCUGGCCCCUUACUACCUGCGCGCACCCAGCGUGGCGCUGCCUCCUGCCCAGGUCCCCAGCGAACCUGGCCAUUUUUCAGUGCUGCUGGACGUGAAGCAUUUCUCUCCUGAGGAAAUUGCUGUCAAGGUGGUUGGCGACCAUGUGGAGGUGCAUGCACGCCACGAGGAGCGCCCGGACGAGCACGGCUUUGUGGCACGCGAGUUCCAUCGUCGCUACCGUUUGCCGCCCAGUGUGGAUCCUGCGGCCGUGACCUCAGCGCUGUCCCCAGAGGGUGUUCUGUCCAUCCAGGCUGCACCUGCGCCAGCUCAGGCCCCCCUGCCAGCACCACCAGCGGCUGCUGCCAAAUAGGAGUCUGGGCAUGCCUGAACUCCGGGGACCCUCCCAGGCCCCCUCUUUCAAAGCCGACCUGACUCCACCCAGCCAGAAGUCCGGGCGUGCCAAGACCACCCUCCCAUCCAACCUGGAAGCCUGCCCUGACCCUUCCAACCUAGACCUUUCCAGGACACGCCCCCUCCAGCUUUCAACAUCACAGCCACUCCGCCCCCGCAGCAUGGCGCCCAGAGCCUGCAAACACUAGUCUCAGCUUGGGAUGUCUCACUGCCGUGGACUCCACUUUCUUGGCAUAUGACCUCAUUCACAAUUCCCUCCACUCACUUCUUAAUCUUGCGUAAGUUCUCGUCAGAGAGUCUCCACCUCCUCCCUCUGACACACAGUCCCCACCCACUCGGGUCCAACUCUUAUGGGCUCCAGACUCUGCGCAGGCCUCCCCUCCCAACCAUCCAGGCUGGGUCCUUGAGAUCUAGCCCCUCAUUCUUACACCCUCCACUACUAUCUCACCUGACACCCUGGCCACCCCCCACUCCUUUCUUCUGACCCUUACCCCUCUCUCACCCACACAAGGCCACCCGGCACUCUUAAGCUCACAAUGUACAAUAUCAUCCCCGUCUCCCCAGUCCUGCAGCUAUCCCAGGCCCCUCACCCCGACUCUAACCAGAAACACCCCAGUCAUUCUGUCCCCACCCUUCAGCCCUGGAAAUCCAUCACCCAUACUCUUUCCCUGAGUCUACACGACCCAACCAGCCCCCUCUGAUUCCGCACCUUUCUCCUCGAGUCCCCCGCCCUUCCAUCCCUGCACCCCUACUUAUGCCAACCCCUAAUAAAUGUCUGAAGCUGU